CAAAAUUAUGUUUUAAAUUAAACUAUUUUUUAGGAAAUGUGGCCAUUUAUAUUUUUCAUUUACCAGUUUUGUGGUAGUUCUAUUAUAAGUGCACAAAACAAUAUCUACAGCAUCAAUAGUGUAAACAGUGAUUUUUAUGAGCAGCUAAAAUGUCCUCAGUAUUGGAUACAAUUCCAGCAAUCCUGUUACAGAUUCAUUAAAUCACCUUUACGCCCCUAUAAUGAAGCUAGGCAAAUUUGUCAAUCUUAUAUACCUGAACAACAAGGAGGCAUAGACUUAUUAUCAAUAAAUACAUUAGAUGAACAUGGUUUUAUUAUACAUCAAUUAAAUUGGCAAGAUCCGCAGCAUCGCCAAUGGUAUACUGGUGCUCAUCAACAAUCUCCUAAUUAUUGGCAAAAUCCUGAUGGUACUCAGUUAUCAAACAUGGAAAAUGCAUUUCUUAAUGAUAUCGAUCCCUAUGGAAAUAUUGAUUCUUAUGGAAAAGAUUACUUAGCAUACAACUUUUCUAAGAGCUUGAUGAAAUGGGGCUUUCAUCCAGUCAGAGGAGAUGAACGUUUGCUGUUUAUAUGUGAAGGCAGUAUUCAGUUAUUGCAAAAACUAGUUACUGAUGAUAGAACUUACACUUAUGGAGUUGAAAUAGACAAUCCAGAAUAUAUUCCUCGAGGACCCUACUUUAUUAAACAACCAGAGGAUGUAACUUUUGAUUUAUCUAAAAGAAGAAUUUAUAAUGAUGUUUCUUUGAGUUGUUUAGCUGGAGGGUAUCCUACUCCAACCUAUGAGUGGUUUAGAGAAAGUUAUGAAAAUGAUAGGCUUAUAGCACAAAAAAUUGAUCCCCUUUCAGAUACUAGUAAUAGGUAUACCAUUAGUGGAGGUACUCUUAUUAUUCACAGUCCCGAACAGAAAAUUGAUCGUGCUACAUAUCACUGUAAGGCAACUAACAAAUUUGGUACAAUAAUAUCAGAGAGUGCUCAGUUAAAUUUUGGUUUUAUUCUGGAAUUUGUAUUAAAGAGAUCUCCUGAAUCGGGAGACCAAAACUGGGGGAAAGCUGUGUAUUGUGAUCCUCCAAACCAUUUUCCUUCAGUUAGAUAUUAUUGGUCUCGUGAUUAUUUCCCAAAUUUUGUUGAAGAAGAUAAGAGAGUAUUUGUGUCAUAUGAUGGUGCUCUUUAUUUCUCUGCUUUAGAAACUAUUGAUAGAGGCAACUACAGCUGUAGUGUACAAUCUCAGGUUUCGGACACCGGAAAGAAUGGGCCUUUCUUUCCAUUGAGAGUUAAUCCUCACUCAAAUUACCAACAAUUGAAGUUUCCAAAUAAUUUCCCGAAGGCUUUUCCAGAGGCUCCAAUCGCUGGGAAAGACGUCCGCCUAGAAUGCAUUGCUUUUGGCUAUCCCAUUCCAAGUUAUAACUGGACACGAAAAGGAGGAAGCUUGCCUAGAAAUUCGUUUCUAACUAGUUUUAAUAGAGUCUUAGUAAUACCAAAUGUACAGGUGGAAGAUCAAGGAGAAUAUGUUUGUAGGGCAACUAAUGAUAGAUCUUCACUUGAAAAUAACAUCAUGCUCAGUAUACAAGCUGAGCCAAAUUUCACAAUUCCACUUACUGAUAAACAUGUUGAUAGCAGAGGUGAACUUGUAUGGACAUGUGAAGCUUUUGGUAUUCCUGACGUGAAUUAUACUUGGUGGAAAAAUGGUCGUCAGUUAGUGAUGGGUUAUAUGGAUCCUGAAGAUACAGGAAGAAUAAAAAUACAGGACAAUGUAUUAACAAUACUUGAUGUUAAUGAUGAUAGAGAUCCAGGAAUGUAUCAAUGUAGAGCUGCUAACACUUUGAAAGCUAGGUAUUCCUCAGCCCAACUGCGAGUGCUUGCUUUUAAGCCGUCCUUCAAAAAACAUCCUUUGGAGUCCGAAAUUUACGCUGCUGAACAAGGAAAUGUUACUAUAACCUGCAGUCCAGAAGCAGCUCCUAGACCUAAAUUCAUAUGGAAGAAAGAUGGCAAUGUUAUAGGCGCGGGAGGUCAUCGUCGUAUUUAUGAAACUGGUAAUUUAGUAAUUAGUCCCGUUUCUAGGGAUGACGAAGGAGUUUAUACUUGUACAGCAAGUAAUGAACUUGGGAUGGAUGAGUCAAGAGGCCGACUUAUAGUACUUCAUCCCCCUAGAUUACUCGAACCAUUACGACCGAGGAUCGUUACGUCAGUAAACAACCUAAUCUUUCUUUCUUGCUAUGCUGAAACAGAGGAAAUGUUAGAUGUAGCCUACAUAUGGAAACAUAAUGGCAUGAGGAUUCGCGAUAUUGACGUACUGAGUUCAAAUGGACAUUUGUACAUGGAUGGAGGGAAUUUACAUAUAAUAAACACUACAUUUUCGGAUGCCGGGGAAUACGAGUGUUUAGUAAAAUCAGCAGUGGGUAAAAUAUCUUCGAAAUCCUAUAUUGUUAUUGAAGGACCUCCAGGUCCUCCAGGAGGUUUAGAAGUGGUCGAAAUAAAGAAAACUUCCGUUAUUCUUCGAUGGACUGAUAGUGCUUCACAUGGGCGACCUAUUUUAAGUUACACAGUUAGUGGUAGAACUAAUUGGAAUUCUACGUGGGUUAAUUUAACUCAUGGCGUAUACGCUAAGAAAAUAGACCGUUAUACGGGAAGAAAAGAAGCAGUCAUUGAAAAUGUUCUUACUCCUUGGUCAGUUUAUGAGUUCAGAGUUAACGCGUGGAAUCAGUUGGGAAUGGGGCCACCUUCUGCACCAAGUCCAAGACAUUCUACCCCACCUGAUAGACCUUACAUUGCUCCCAAAAAUGUUGGUGGUGGCGGAGGAAAAAUUGGAGACUUAACUAUUACAUGGACACCUCUCAGAAUGGAUGAACAAAACGGACCUGGUAUUCAUUACAAAAUAUUUUGGAAGAGGAAAGAUGAUGAAGUCGAAUUUCAAACAUUGUUGUUAAAGGAAUUAGGAAACGUUGGCAGAGCAGUUGUAAAUAUUGAUUCAAACUACUAUUAUUCACAAUAUAUAGUUAAAGUCCAGGCAUUUAAUGAAAAAGGCGCAGGACCUGAAAGUAAUGAGGCUGUAAUUUAUUCAGCAGAAGAUAUGCCACAAGUGGCUCCUCAACUUGUUGUUGCACUGUCAUAUAACUCCACAGCCCUCAACGUUUCUUGGCAACCUAUUGAGCAGACGAGAGAAAAAGUUAGAGGAAAACUUAUUGGACAUAGGAUUAAAUACUGGAAGAAAGGCUUUAAAGAAGAAGAUAGUGUCUACUACUUAUCUCGUACAACAAGACCCUGGGCACUUAUCGUCGGUUUGCAACCAGAUACGUAUUAUUUUGUUAAGGUCAUGGCCUAUAAUUCAGCAGGAGAAGGACCUGAAAGUGAACGUUAUAUUGAACGAACAUUUAGAAAAGCUCCUCAGAAACCUCCUUCAUCUGUCCACGUUUAUGGUGUCAACCCAUCUACGGUUCAUGUCGUUUGGCGGUAUGUGCAACCAUCGUUAGAAGAAGAACCUUUGCAGGGAUACAAAAUACGUGUUUGGGAAGUCGAUCAAGACAUUUCAAAAGCAAACGAUACCAUUAUUCCUGUGGGAGGUAAAUUAGAAGCAUACAUUUCGAAUUUAUCACCAGGGAAAACGUACAGGAUGCGUGUUCUGGCCUAUUCAAAUGGAGGAGAUGGUAGAAUGAGUUCGCCAGCCCUUACGUUCCAAAUGGGAGAUCCGUCAUAUUAUAAGAAUGGGGGUAUUAUAUCUGGUUGUGAAUUAACAUGUUUUUCACUUGUUGCCUUAAAUAUUUUAUACGUUUCCUUCUACGGCAUUAAUAAGUAUUUUUUUGUAUAGAAUUUGUUGAUUGAUAUAAGUCUUGCACAUUUCUAUUUCACAAAGCGCAUAACACCGUUUGAAUAAAUUACGCCAUUUCCGUUAAUUA